UACAUCAAAAGUGGUGGUUAAUUGAAAGUGUCUCAAAGUGUCAGGCAAUAAUGUUGUUUCACUGUUAAAUAUGAAUAGUGCACCUGAUCUUUUUUAUGAAUAUUUUACUUCGUAUACUUCUCACAGUAAAAUAUUUACUUUAAGAUCCAAUUAGAAGCUAAAUAAAAGAUUCUAUUUGUUACUUGUUUUUGGGUCAUAUAAGUAAUAUUUAUACGUUCGCCAAUAACGUGCUCCUCAACACGAGAAACUCAAGGCAGGUUUGUUUAUAGGUGCGUCCUUAAUUGCUGUCUUUGCCAACUGAAAGUGCCCCUGUUGUCCACCAUCCUGAAAUCUCACUGGUGAAAUAGAUUCUAAUGAAAGGUGUUAACAUAUUUGGCAGAUGUUUCCUGAAAAGUUGACAUUAGUUUAUGUUAGCGUAUCUGGCAGCCCCAGGUUUAUAUAAGGAGAUUGCAGCCUGUAAUCUGUAUGUACAACUGAGGCCCAGCGGGUCAUUUCUGCUCGCAUUGAUUUCAGAGUACUGCUUUAAACACUCCUAAUCCCAGGAUUUUUCUGCCAUUAAGUGAUGGCUUUCUGAAGGGGAGUGCUGAUGUGUGCAGAGAAAAGCACAAACUGACUGAUGGCACCUUUAAUCCAUUCAUAUUUCCACUUGGAGCGAUGUGGUACAGACAUAGGCAUGUUGGCUGAACUGACGGAUUUACUUCGGUGCACUGUGUGUCCAGGAGAAACUUUACUGAAGAUGAUCGGCAGCUGAGAGAAGCCAGUGAUGUGUUUCAUCAUCAAUAUUGCCGUGUAUUUCCUCCUCCUCCCUCCUCAUGCCCUGUCCCUGUGGGCUUGCACACGCUCCUGCCCUCCCACUUGCACAUGCACUCAGGAGAAGAGUUGCAGUGUCCUGUGUGAUCACGUUAACAUGAUGGACCUGCCCAAAGAGUUCCCCUGCGAGGCAUCUUCCAUCAACCUGGACAAGAACAGCCUCAAGUUUCUGUCUGAACGGGCAUUUGGCACACUGCCCUCACUCAAGACACUCUCACUUAAAUACAACAACAUAUCCUUCAUCACACCGGGAGCAUUUAAAGGGCUCCCCAACCUGGUUGAGCUCAAGAUGGCCCACAAUGAGUACAUCCGUUACCUGCACACUCGUACCUUCACAGCACUCAAACGUCUGGUGCGCCUGGAUCUUUCCGAUUGUAACCUGUUUAACAUGCCAGAUCGCAUCUUCCUGGAGCAAAUCACCCUCAAGGAGCUCCUGUGUUUCCAAAACAACUUUAGACGCGUUCCUGGUGCCCUACGGGGAAUGGAAAACCUCACACAUGUUUACUUGGAGCGUAAUAAGAUCGAAGCAGUGGCUUACAACUCGCUGUUGGGCCUAACCAGUCUCAAGUACCUCAACUUGCAAGAGAAUCGCAUAAAUGUAAUACAUGAUGAGGCCUUCAAAGAUCUAAUCCGUCUGGAGAACUUCUACCUAAAUGAUAAUCUCUUGGUUGACUUGCCCCAGCAGGCUUUUAAGGGUCUAAGCAACUUGAAAAUGUUGAAUCUUGGUGGCAAUCUGUUGACCAAUGUCUCCAAAACAUGGUUCAGUGACCUGGUGGAGCUGGAGGUACUGUACCUGGAUCGAAAUCGCCUCUCUUAUAUAGAGGAUGGUUCCUUUGAGAACUUGACAAGCCUCAUCACGCUGCACCUCAACAGCAACAAUCUGACAUCUCUGCCUUUCUCCGUCUUCCAGCCCAUCUAUUUCAUCGGCCGUCUAUAUCUUUUUCGAAACCCCUGGGAGUGUACCUGCGACCUGGAGUGGUUAAGGGAGUGGAUGGAGAGUUAUAAGUUGGUGAGGGACAUCCCGUGCGCGUCCCCAUCCUCCGUAGCUGGCUUGGACCUGAGCGAAGUUGUGUUUGCUCACUUGAACAGCACCUGUCUGGAUCCCCCGGAGCUCAACAUGACCACAUCUCUUCCUGACUACCCCACCGUGGAGAACAAGUUCAACAGUCUCAUCUCCAAACUGCUACAGCAGGAACUGAGGGAUGAGAUGGUCAACAUCACAGACAGUCUGAGGAACGGCACACAGCAGGACCCUGCUGAGAGUCAGGUUUCUUCUGCACAUGGACUGUUCGGUGCUUCUCAGACUGUGUUUCUACUUGUGGUUCUUUUCCAGGCCCAGUUUGACUCCAUUAAUGCCUCUUGAGAUUCUAAUGAAUACCAAAAGGGGUUGAAGCGCAUCCAAGAGUGGAAGUAAUUUUCCAGUAGUUUGGAUGGGAAUGGAUUUAAGGCUGUGGUGAAACGUUUGAUGUGUCUUGCCAUGAGCCCUGUGUUUUCUCAUGUUGAAAAUGCAAUUCUGGCACAUGAAGCUGGAGAUGAAUGUCUCCUUAAAUGAAUGGAAACUGCUCUCGAAGAGAAGAAUGUUAACCAGUUAUUGUCUACAAGACUAAUUCUGGACAAUAAUGAAAGAACUGUUAAACGCAUCUGAAGGCCAUUUUGUGAGAACUGAGACUAAUGGCAUGAACGCUUUUAUAUUCUAGCAUUUAAUUCUAAACACUUUGAUAACGCAUCUAUAGUAUGAAUAUGUUUGUACAUGUUCUGUUGCGUAACUGUGUAACAUUUGUUGUGUAGGAGAUUUAUCUGAUAAAGCUUCUCAAUAUCAUUUCACCAGAUGGCACAACACGCUGUCCUCUUUUGUUUGGUUCACUGAGCUGGGUAAGUUUCCAGUUCUGGAAAAUGCAUUAGUCCUCCUAUUCCGUAAAGCUUAAGUGCACUCGGUAACGUAAGCUGCUUCAUAUUGUAACCAAAAAGAUUGGCUUCAUCAUGGUGUUUUACUGUUAUGAUCGUGUUUCUUCUCUAUGCAGAGCACAAUAUGCACAGGUGGAUGAUGUCAUACUCUGAGCCAUGAUAUAUAUGUAUAUGUAAGUGCAUGUACCCAUGUGAUGUGCAUCUAUAAUGGUUUUUGUUUAUUUGUGAUUGAGCAGUACUUUAAAUAAACAAAGAUUUUUGCAUAAAUAGUCAACAAAAUGACUCCUAUCCAAGUGCAAGAGACUUGAAAAUGGGUUGCCAGCCACAGCAUGUCUAUUAUUAGCUUCAUAUGAAGUGUGUGUGUGUGAAUACAUUUGUUCAAGAUCAGUCUUGCAGCACUGGCCAUUUGACACUCAGAUGAACUAUGUGCAUAGUGUUGUAAAACUCAAAUGUCAUGUUAAACUUGCCUCAGAAAAUGUUUUUAUUAAGUUUAGUUACAAUUUUGAAUGGAGUGUGAGAAGUUUAAGAAUACACUCUUAUGGUACUGCAGUAGCCAAUAAAUGCUUGUGUCGCGAUAUUUUUUAUUUUUUUAAAAGAUGAGUUUUUAAUUUAAAAUUUCACUUAAACUUUGGUUCUUUCCUGCUCUCAUUUUCAGUUCUGAUGAAAAUGUUUAUUCAUCAUUGCAACACAAUGUUUGUGUACAGUUAUGGCUUUUCCCAUGUUUAAUCCUGGGCAAUUAAUGUUCAAAAGAUCGCUUUUUACUCGAAUAUGGAGGAUCGCAAUUUAAUUAGUCGCUAUAAUAAUAAUAAUAAAUAAAAUUUCAAGUUUUAAGUUAUUUAUUCUGAGCCUGUUAAUAAGACAUGAGGUUCAGCAGAAAGUCUAAAUAAUGGUGCAUAUACUGAAAAAUAUAUUGUGUGGGAUUUUUCUUGCUAGUUAUCAGUUUUGAAUGCUGAACGACUUUCUUUAGUCAAAUGCCACAGCUGGUGACAUUAUCCAAAAGCUUCAUCUCAUGGUUGAAACACUGUUUCACUGGCUAUUAUACCUUUAGAAACAAUCAAUUCAAAAUGUUGUACUGUUUCUUUUAUACCUUACAAUGUUGAAUAUUCAUACAUGUUUUUCUAUUUUGGUAUAGAUUAAAGAUUGGUAAAGAUUGUUCCAUGUCCGA